GUCAUGUCCGUGUCAUAUGUCAUUUAGUGAUGCCAACUUGCUUGGAUGUUUUUUAUUUUUAUAAUUUUGUAAAGAAAUGUGAAAUAUGAAUUAUUGCCGUUUAGUGGUGUUUCUUUAAAAUAUCCUGCUUGUAUUUUUAGCAGUUUUUAGAACCAUUAAAAUGGCAAGUCCUUCACCUCAGAACAGUCCAAUGCCCCCUCCUCAAAGUCCAAUGGGCCCCCCUCCAUCUCAAAGUCCAGCUCCACCUUCACCAGUUCCUCAAUCCCAAUACCAAAAUGCACCACCUCAACAAACGUCAUAUCCUAAUCAAUAUCCAGGACACCCUCAAAUGCCAGCUGGACAAGACCACCAACCUGUGCAUGGAUCAGCACAACAUCACCAGUAUGCACAGGGCAAUAUGGGUUAUCCCCAACAAGGACCACCACCAGGACAAAAUCAUCCAGGACACUUACCUCCUCAAGGCCAUCCUCCGCCACCACAGGGACAUGUACUUCCUCAAGGUCAUGUACCAUCACAAGGACAUGUUCCACCUCAAGGACAUGUUCCUUCUCAGGGACAUGUACCUCAACAAGGUCAUGGACCCCAACAAGGUCAUGGACCCCAUGUUCCUCCUCAGGGACAUUUACCUCCUCAAGGGCAUUUACCUCCCCAAGGACAUGUUCCUCCUCAAGGACAUGUUCCUCCACAAGGACAUGUUCCUCCACAAGGACAUGUUCCUCCACAAGGACAUGUACCACCACAAGGACAUGUUCCUCCACAAGGACACGUACCUCCACAAGGACAUGUACCUCCACAAGGGCAUGUACCAUCACAAGGGCAUGUAAUUUCUCAUGGACACAAUACAAGUUCUUUACAUCAAGGUUCACCACAAGGGCAUCCUCAUCAUUCUCAACCAACAGGACACCCUGGACAUGCGCCUGCUUCAUCCAAUUUACACUCAGUACAUUAUCCAGGUCAUCCAAUGAACCAUGGUCCUCCUGCUCAGGCUGGUCAACCUCACCAAGGCAGAACUGCAGAUAAUUUACAUGCACUUCAAAAGGCAAUUGAUACAAUGGAGGAAAAAGGCCUACAAGAAGAUCAAAGAUAUUCCCAAUUACUUGCUCUCCGUGCUAGAUCUAAUGCUUCAGUUGGCAGUGGAGUUUUGACACCACUUCAAAUGAAUCAACUUAGAAACCAAAUCAUGGCAUACAGAUGUAUCGCAAGAAAUCAGCCAAUACCUCAUUCUAUUUUACUGGCAUUACAAGGGAAGAGGCCUGAUGGAUCACCACAAUUUCCUACUCCUCCAUCGAGUCCAUUUCAACCACAGGCUACUGGUCCAAAUCAGCCUGGUGAUCAACCACCAUCUGGUGGUGAAGGAACAGUAGAUCCAACUGCUGGAAGUGCACCUCAAGGUCCUCAGAAUCCACCCAAUCAACAAAGAGGACCGGCUGGACCAAUGGUACCAAGUAAGCAAACGCGAUUUACCACCAUGCCACGACCCUGCGGUAUAGAUCCUCUUGUCCUAUUACAAGAACGAGAAAACAGAGUAGCUGCAAGGAUUGCAGCGCGAAUAGAACAAGUCAGUAAUCUGACUCCUAUCAUUCCAGAAAAGCUACGUAUUCAAGCCCAAAUAGAAAUCAAAGCUUUAAAAUGUCUUAAUUUCCAAAGACAAUUAAGAAGUGAAAUAUUAAACUGCAUAAGGAGAGAUAGCGCCUUAGAGACAAGUGUUAAUUUGAAAGCAUAUAAGAGAACCAAACGGCAAGGCCUCAGAGAAGCUAGGGCAACUGAGAAAUUGGAAAAACAGCAAAAAAUGGAAGCAGAAAGAAAACGAAGACAAAAAAAUCAAGAGUUUUUGAAUGCUGUAUUAAACAAUGGCAAAGAGUUUAAAGAAUUUCAUAAACAGAAUCAAGCAAAGUUAGCGAAAAUCAAUAAAGCUAUUAUCAAUUACCAUGCUAAUGCUGAAAGGGAGCAGAAGAAAGAACAAGAAAGAAGAGAAAAAGAGCGAAUGUUAAGAUUGAUGGCUGAAGAUGAAGAGGGUUACAGGAAACUUAUCGAUCAAAAGAAAGACAAACGUUUGGCAUUCUUGUUGUCACAAACCGAUGAAUAUAUAAGUAAUCUCACUGAGAUGGUAAAACAACAUAAGCUGGAACAGACUAACAAGAAGAGAGAAGAAGAAAGGCGUAAGAAAAAACAACAAAGGAUGCAACAACCUGACAGAAAAGUUAUUGUCAUAGAAAGUGCUACAGGUAAAAAACUUCAAGGGGAAAGUGCUCCUACAUUUAGAAAUGUACAGGAAUGGCUACAACAGCAUCCUGGAUGGGAAAUGGUUGAUACUGAUGAUGAAGAUGAAGGUGAAAGGAAUAAUGAUGAUGAUGACAACAAGGAUGGUAAUGCUAAAGAUGUCAUUAAGAAAGCGAAGCUUGAAGAUGAUGAGUAUCACAAAAACACAACGGAAGAACAAACUUAUUAUAGCAUUGCCCAUACAGUCCAUGAAGUGGUAACAGAGCAAGCAACUAUUAUGGUUAAUGGUUAUCUAAAAGAAUAUCAAGUCAAAGGAUUAGAAUGGAUGGUCUCACUAUACAAUAACAAUCUAAAUGGUAUUCUCGCAGAUGAAAUGGGUUUGGGUAAAACCAUUCAGACAAUUGGUUUAAUUACACAUUUGAUGGAAAAGAAAAAACUUAAUGGACCAUUUUUAAUUAUUGUGCCUUUGUCCACAAUUUCCAAUUGGAUGUUAGAAUUUGAAAAGUGGGCACCUACUGUUGUAGUUGUAUCCUAUAAAGGUUCUCCAGGUGUUAGAAGAAUUAUUCAAAGUCAAUUGAAAGCUGCUAAAUUUAAUGUAUUGCUGACAACGUAUGAGUAUAUAAUUAAAGACAAAGGUAUCUUGGCUAAGAUUCCUUUUAAAUACAUGAUCAUUGACGAAGGACAUCGUAUGAAGAACCACCAUUGCAAAUUGACACAGGUCCUUAAUUCGCACUAUCUAGCGCCAUAUCGAUUGCUUUUGACAGGUACUCCGUUACAAAAUAAACUUCCGGAACUGUGGGCGUUGCUCAACUUUUUGUUGCCUUCAAUCUUUAAAAGUUGUUCUACAUUUGAACAAUGGUUUAAUGCCCCAUUCGCUACUACUGGAGAAAAGGUAGAGCUAAAUGAAGAAGAAACUAUUCUUAUCAUUCGUCGUUUGCACAAAGUACUUCGUCCUUUUCUACUGAGACGUUUAAAAAAGGAAGUAGAAUCGCAAUUGCCGGAUAAAGUAGAAUAUAUAAUUAAAUGUGAUAUGUCUGGGUUACAAAAAGUUCUCUAUCAACACAUGCAGAGUAAAGGAGUGCUUCUUACUGACGGUUCAGAGAGGGGUUCCAAAGGAAGGGGUGGAUCAAAGGCGCUUAUGAAUACCAUUAUGCAGUUAAGAAAACUUUGCAACCAUCCAUUUAUGUUCCAGAAUAUCGAGGAAAAAUAUUGCGACCAUGUUGGAAUUGCAGGUGGAGUUGUUUCGGGACCUGACACGUACAGAGUAUCUGGAAAAUUUGAACUAUUGGACCGAAUAUUACCUAAACUAAAAGCUACAGACCAUCGUGUAUUGCUUUUUUGUCAAAUGACACAAUUAAUGACUAUAAUGGAGGAUUAUUUUAAUUGGAGAGGUUUUAAAUACUUACGUCUAGAUGGUACAGUUAAAUCGGAAGACCGAGGGGAACUGCUGAAAAAGUUUAAUGAAAAAGAUAGCGACUAUUUUCUAUUUUUACUUUCUACAAGAGCAGGAGGUUUGGGUUUGAAUUUACAAAGUGCUGAUACUGUUAUUAUUUUCGAUUCUGAUUGGAAUCCUCAUCAGGAUUUACAAGCUCAAGAUCGUGCUCACCGUAUAGGACAACAAAAUGAAGUCAGAGUUUUACGUCUAAUGACUGUGAAUUCUGUUGAGGAGCGUAUUCUUGCUGCUGCUAAGUACAAGCUUACUAUGGACGAAAAGGUAAUUCAAGCCGGUAUGUUCGAUCAAAAAUCAACUGGUUCCGAGAGACAGCAAUUCCUGCAAAGUAUUUUACACAACGACGGUAGCGACGAAGAAGAAGAAAACGAGGUUCCUGAUGACGAAACAGUGAAUCAGAUGAUAGCAAGAAGCGAAGAUGAAUUCCAACUUUUCCAAAAAAUGGAUUUGGAACGAAAAGAUGAAGAAGAAAAACUUGGCCAGCAUAAAAAAUCUCGUUUAAUUCAAGAAAGCGAACUACCUGAUUGGUUAACCAAACCAAACGAUGAAGAUGAUACAUGGGGUUAUGAUGAUAAUGAUGCUUUCCUUGGAAGAGGGUCUAGGCAGCGAAAAGAAGUUGAUUAUGGUGAUAGUUUGACAGAAAAAGAGUGGUUAAAAGCUAUUGAUGAAGAUGGCGAUUACGAUGACGAAGAAGAAGAGGAGAAAGAAAAGGAAAUAAAAAAGAAAAAAGGAAGAAAACGAAAGAAGCGCGACGAUUCAGAUGAGGAAGGUAGCGGUUCAACGAGGAGAAGGAAGUUGCCGCAAAGUCAGAUUGAAGCACAACUAAAGAAAAAAAUGAAGAAGCUCAUGACUGUUAUUAUUAACUAUAAAGAUAGAGAUGGAAGGCAACUUAGUGAUCAAUUUAUUAAACUUCCUCCGAGGAAAGAGUAUCCCGAUUAUUACACAAUAAUUAAAAAGCCCAUGGAUAUAACCAAAAUUUUAAAUUACAUCGAUGAUGGCAAGUAUUCUGACUUCUCUGACUUGGAAAGAGAUUUCAUGCUCAUGUGCCAAAAUGCUCAAAUCUACAAUGAAGAAGCUUCAGUGAUUCACGAGGAUAGUAUAGUUCUGCAGUCUGUAUUCUCCAGUGCCAAGCAGAAGAUUGAGGCUACUCCAGAAUCCGACGACGAGAAAGACGAUAAUAACUCUGACGGAGAUUCAAGUAAAAACAAGAACAAGACUAAAAUAAAGCGAAGCCGAGGUAGGCCAAGAAGAACUGCUAAGAAGUACGUCUCGGACGACGAUGAUGAUGAUUACAAGUUUUUUCCAGGUUUUGUUUAAUGAUAAAUAGAAAGUCUCAAAAUGUGUGCAAAAAGUAAUUAUGGUGAAACCAAUUUAUAUCGGACAAUGAUCUUACUAUUCUUGAAAAAGAUUUUUUCAUUUAUAUGUAUAGCUACUUGGGGUAGUUUAUGUUUAAAUGAAAAAAAUGGCCUUGCAGUUCUCAUUGUGUUGGGCACCUUGAUUGCAAAAAAUAUCUGAAAAUCUUCUCUGAAAAUGAAGAAAGUUGCUUCUCUUAAGAUAUAUUUUAAGGAUUACAGUAAAAGGAAAGUUGCUAUCAUUAGAUACAGUUCAUUGAAUUUUGUAAACCGAAAAUUUCAUUAUCUAUGAUAAGAGACUACUUAAUAUUUAGUACUCUUGGAUUUCAUCUUAUUGAAUGAAAAACAUUGUGUUUUAGGUGUAUCGUUUUUUCUCCUGGCGAGUGGCGAUAACACUGCAACCUAUUGGCUAAGUUUUAACCCUACAUUACUUUAAGUACCCACUCUGUCGCUUUUGUACUUUACACACGUCUUUGACUUUGGGUCAAUCUGUGAUUGUUUAAAAAGUGGCUUGUCUUUUGCCAUUCAAGAUUUCGCAGUUAAAGUUUGUCUGUUUCUGGUUCCUUAUGACAUCAUUGAUACAAUAAUAGUUGUAAUAUGUUUGGUUUUUCCUAUUUAAUAAUAUACAUGUUUGGAAAACAAUAUAUGAGCCAUACAGUGUAAGUACGCCCAUCUCUAUUAAUUGCAGGCCAAUAUUCGUAAAACGUCGGAGAGCAUCGUAAUCGAAUCGGUGAACAUUUACGAGAUACUCGUCACUCGUUACAAUAUAUAUAGCAUAAUUUUGUUACUUUGUAUUUUUUUUAUAAUUUCAUACGGAUGAAGUUUCGGGAAAUUAUAAUGAAUCGGCAGAAUCAAAAUAAAAACUUUUUAUUUACCGGCCUGUCAACUUUUUCAUUACACAACAAACGAUCCAUUUGUAGUAAGAAAUUGUUCACAGUAUUCUUAGUAAAUUAAAUACUUGCACUGGUAUUUUAAGGGACCACAUUAUUGACAAUUUUUCAUUUUUGGUAAACUUAACGGUCAAAACUAUUAAGAUUCAAUUUAAAAUCAAGUUAUUUUUCACUUGCAAAUAUUUUUAAUUCUAGAAUCAGGGAAUUACGUAAAUAUUGUAUUUAUUAUUAUUAUUAUUAUGAUUAUUUAUGGUUCACGCAUUACUAAAUUUGGACUUUAUUUGUGAGCUCACAUGGCGCGGAGUGGUGGUAAGCGUUGUACAGAAAGUAUAGAGACAUUAUAUUCACUCGCAGUAUAUAGCCUAUGGCUCGUAUAAUUUUUUCCUAAUCUGUAUAUAUAGUUUUUCUACGAUCACUAUCUAAGUAGGCUUUUGCACAUUCAAAUCUUAACUGGAAAGUUGACGUUUUCCAUGAAUUGUCAUAGUUUGACAUUAUUGCCACAUAUAGGCGGAAAGUUACUUUUAGCAUACGCCUAUUUUCAUUAUUAUAAAGCUAGUCGGUAUUUUAAAAGAAAUUGUAAACUAAUCUGAAUCUUUUAGUUGAACAUUUAAUUCUCAAACUCAUUUUCCUUAAUAUUUAAAUAAUAGUUUUUAACACUCAUAUUUAACAUAUCUUGUUGGUGUAGAGUCUAAUUAAAAUAUUAAAAAUAAAUUACCCUGUUUUUAACACUCAUAUUAUAUUAUACUUAAUUUCAAUUAGACGAGCAACGAAGCUGUCAAUUUUGUCGCUCGGCGAGCAACAAAGCUGUCAAUGUCAGUUCGCGGUAAACGUCAACUUUGUGGCUGGAUUUCGAAGCGCAAAAGUCUACUUUGGAUAGUGACUGCAGAAAAAGGUGUUUAUUUUUAAGGCUGAAAUAGUGCAAGUUACUUGAAAUAAAACUUUUUCAAACGAGUAUCAGCCAAACCAUUGCGAAUUGAGAUAUUUUUUUAUUUUUAUACUGAUAUAUUCUCCUCAUUUUGUUAAAAACGCCUGUGGCUGAAUUUCAAAUGGCGUAUCGUGAGUUAUAACUUUCUUCAAUGGAGUAUUGAAAUAUUGCCUCAAUAUUUAAUGUAUUAUGUGUAUCUAGUUAUAAAAUCUGAUGGUUUUAGUCGCUUUAUUCUUGGAGGUCAUUCACAGUCUGCAAACAAACACUUUGCUAAUGUAUUUGGAUGCACUGAUAACCGUUCACGGUAUUUUUCACUGUAUUCACUCAUAACUUCUUUCAUUGGCUAUUUUUUGAUUAAAUUAAUUUGUUUUUAGACCCCAUUAUUUUAUUUAACAGUCUUCUUAAGAUAAAGGUUAUUCAUAAUCAGCAUAUUUUCUCUAGCAUCCGGCAACGUUCUUUCUUCCUAACCUAUUCUGUGAUUGUUGUGAGUGUGUGUCAUAGAACUGGUUGUAUGGUUUGUUUGUGUCUUAAAUUUUAUAUAGAGAUAACACAUAAAUGUCGCUAUUAAAAAAUUAUGCAGAUCUGAUCACUUUAUUAAUAGCAUAACCAUAACCACUGAAAACAGGUGUUUCAUUAUGACGCGACAAAAUGGCGCAAAAAUAAUUUCUUUUAAAUUAUUGAUUUAAAUGUAAACUUUUUAAAGCACCGCUGGUUGCAAAAAGGCCCAUUAAAAUUUAGGAGCUUGAUAAAUUUUAAAAAAUAUGAAUAAUUUGAAUUUCAUGUCAUUCAGGCACGUCUCAUUCUAAGCUCUGUCAAAUUUUAUCAGACUUAUAAUUUUAAUUGAAAUUCAUGUAAAAUUUUUGAAUUUUGAAGACGUUACUAAAUUUAUUGAACGUUCUUGCAACCGGCUAUAUAACUUUACUAUCAAGUAUUUAUUGUAUGAAUAAAUAAAAAUAAUUUUUGUGCUUAAAAUGUUUACUGUAUUAGAUUCGUGAAAUAAUCGUUUAUUCUAUUAUGCAAGUCCAUCAUUGAUAUUAUAGAAUUUUAGAAAAAUGGUCUUUAAAUAUUUUUUUUAAUUAACAAUUUUCAGUGUUUUUUCAGAUAUUUUAUGCUAUCCUGGUAUAUAUAUUUUUAUUUGAUACAAUAUUUAGUUUAUUUUUUGUUUCAAUUGUUUUUUAUUAAUUACAAAACAGCGAUUUAUUUAAUUUUAAAUUAUGACUAAAAUUAUUUAAGCUGAAACUUUAUUUUUCAUUCUUUUUAAAGAAGAUUAUUGCCUAACAAAAUAUGUAUUUCUUUUUAUUUUUGUUGAACAAAUCUUAAUUUGAUCUAUAAUGUAAUUAUACUUACUGUAAGUAAAAAAGUGUUUUUAAAGAUAUACGACUUUUUAUACAAUGUUUACUAGCAGAAAUGUUCAACUAAAAAGCCUUAAACAUUGGCAUCAUAAAAGUAUGAGUCUUGUAUGUGGUGCUAGGACUCAAUACUAAGACAUUGUUUUCUGUAAUCAUUUUUAGAUGUUCCUUCUCAGUUUUCUAGAUACUUUAGAAAAAAUUCUUUCCCUAAAUUUAUUUUCCACUAUGUACAUUAUUUGGAAAGACAUACUAUUAAAUAUAUUUUUAUCUAUUUAUUGUAGAUAUAAUCAUGUGUGUGGAUUAAUUGUUAAAAGUCGCAGAAUCUUGUGCAUAUUACCAAAUAAUUCCACUGAGUGCCCUAUAGUCAGUAGAGUGUCAGAUCGUUUAUUUGUUAUAAAUUAAGUAAAGUGCAAAAUGCCUUUGAAUAACCUAGAAUAAUUAUCAAUUGGAUUAUUAAUUAGCAGUACAAUCUAUUAUUGGUUUUUAUUUUGGCUUAUACAUUAAUAAUUAUGGUGUAUUUUGUAUGUAGAAGAAGCUUAGUAAAUAAAGUGAUA